ACAGUAUAUUUAAAGGGCUGGGCCCUUGAACUAUCUCCCUCAUUGUGACAAACAAACCUAAGAGCAGACUUCUAUCCCCUCAUACAACAGUUCAAAAUGCCUGCAGAUUACAAUGGACGGUGGGAGAUGGUGAGCAACGAGAACUUUGAGGAAGUCAUGAAGGCCCUCGACAUUGACUUUGCCACCAGAAAGAUAGCCUCCCACCUGCAUCAGACAAAAGUGAUCGUCCAGACUGGAGACAAGUUUGAAACAAAGACCCUGAGCACCUUCAGAAACUACGAAGUCAACUUCACCGUGGGAGAGGAGUUUGAAGAGCACACAAAGGGGCUGGACAACCGGAAGGUCAAGACAAUGGUUACCUGGGACGGAGACAAGCUGGUGUGUGUUCAGAAGGGGGAGAAAGAAAAUCGUGGCUGGACACACUGGAUAGAGGGAGACAUGCUACACCUGGAAAUCACUGUGCUCGACAAAGUCUGCCACCAAGUAUUUAAGAAGGGCCAGUAAGAUGGGAACGACCUAUAUCUGCACAACGUCUUAAAAAACCUUUAUGAAAAUAACUUUUUGUCAUAUUUGCCAAGAAAGAUUGUUGAGUCUCACUCACCUCAACUUUGGGACCCUGGGAAUGAACCCUCAAGAAUCAAUUAUCUUGAAGCCUCUAAACCAAAGUGUCUUUAUAUCUUUCUUGGCUCUGAUUGGUUGUUUUCAUUCAGGCCUGGUGGAUUUUUGCAAAUCCCAUUCGGAGCACUAGAACGAGCCAGAGGAACCUGAUUUUUUCACAGAUUAUCUGUCUCAUGUACUGUCAGAAUAAAGUGAAAAUUUCAACAAAAUAUGACAAAAAGUUAUUUUCAUAAAGGUUACCUAAUGCAGCUUUAAUGUGUUGCAUGUUGCUGUCUAUUUAUAAUUUAAUUGUGAAAACCUGUAAUAAAUUGAUUUAAUAACACCA